AUGAAACAAGCACAAGGGAAAAAGGCAACGUCGGCAUUGGUAGUUGUACCACCUAGUACUUGCCUCCAUGAUCAAGUAACUUGUUUUCAACGGCCCAAUACUUACCCAACAAGUCCUAUCCAUCUACCAUGUAGUAGUAGUAGUACUAGAUCUCAUUCGCAUGAAUACAUCCAUAAGAACAUUCCGUCCACUACUGUUUUGAAUGAGUAUACUCUCUCUUCGUUCCUUUCUCGUCAAGCACUCAUUCAAUACAUGGUUCAUGAACCUUACUCGACUCUCAUCAUUGAUUGUAGAGAUAGAAAGAAUUUUGAAAAGAGUCAUAUCAUGACUUCCAUUCAGUCAUGUCAUUUGCGUUGGGAUAUCAUCUUUAGAGAGGAUUCGAUUCUAACUUGUCAAGUUGCUACAACAUCUCACUGGUAUCAACAACAACAACAACAGCAACAACAACAACUCUACUAUCAUGAACAAAUACUUUUCAAAUGCAAGGAUUAUUAUGAGAGAAUUGUUCUCGUUAUGGACACAAUGUGGUUGGCGGAUGAAAAAAAUUUGAUGAUGAAUAAGGAAAAUAGAAACAUUGAAAUGGAAGAGUGGAAUGGCAAGACGAAUCGUAGUAGUAGUAGUACCACUUUCACUAAAUCAAAAAAACCAAGAGUAUAUCUUCUUGAGGGUGGAUUUUCAGAGUUUUAUCAUCAUCACUCCAAUCUAUGUUGGAAUUUGGAAACGAUGAAAGAAUUUUGCAUGCAUGAGCCUCAGAAAGAAAUUCAGAUGGUCAUGCGCAAGGAAGAAGAAAAUUCAUUUCAUCAUCAUCAUGGUACUGCUGAGGAUCAUGAUACUAUGGUGGUGGUCCAUAGGGAGAAAUCCAAUGGUUCUACUAUUACUUUUAAUCCAGUUCAUUGUGAUUUACUAAUUCCUCACUUCUCACAACAGGAGGGAGUAACACUCACUACUAAUACUUUUAAUACUUCUACUAUGAAUACCAUGAAUACCAUGAAUAAUAUGAAUACCAUGAAUACUAUGAAUACUACUACUACUUCAUUACCCUCCAUGGAAGCUCGUAUUAGAAAUGCCCAUCAAUUAAUUUUUUCAAACCUCUCUCAACGAGUCACUUGCGAGAAACCAACGAAAUUGUUUGCUAACUUGUUUUUGGGAAAUGUUCAAAAUUCAAUGAAUAUUCAACAACUCUCUGAAUUGGGAGUGACAUGUAUUAUUAAUGCUGCACUUGAAUGUGAAAAUGUAUUUGAAAACAGUCAUUCCCUUCCUGUAAAUUGUACCAAUAAUAAUCAAAGACUUCCAACCGACGCAUUGUCCUUACACAACAACGGUGUGGGUGUGAAUAUAAAGGAUGAUCAUACCAACAUGGAUCACAUCCAUAAUCAUACAAUUUCAACAUCUAUAGUCAAUCCUCAUAGAAUCCUCUAUUGUAACAUACCAGUACGUGACUCUGAAGAUGAGAAUAUAAGUCUCUAUUUUGAGAAAUGUUUUCAAUUCAUUGAGAUGGCCAAACGAGAACAAAGAAAAGUUCUUGUUCAUUGUUUUAUGGGAAUGUCUAGAUCUGCAUGUUUGGUUGUUGCUUGUUUAAUGAAAUUCAAAGAAUGGUCUCUGGAAAAAGCAUUCCAAUACGUAAAGAAGAAGAGACCAUCCAUUGAAAUUAAUUGUGGAUUUAUGAAACAAUUGGUAGAAUUAGAAACGAAAUUAUUCAAGGAUCGAGUUCACACACCUACGAAAGAAACAACACCACUCAUGAAUGGUAAUAAUACAACAGCAGUGAUUACAUCUGCAACAAGUCAUUGCUCAUCUUUGAAAGAUGACACUUCACGACACAUGUUGCUAGCAGUUACAAAACGAUCAUCAUCGAAAAAGAUCUCAGAAUUUAUUCAUGAACAACAACAUGAAGACCAAUCAUUUGUUAUGGCACGAGGAGGAGAUGUCACUCCACCAUCCUUUUCACCACCCACUCAUCCACAAACACCCCCUAACCAUUUUGCGAAUUUUGAAGAUCAAUUCGAAAGUAAACACGAUGAUUGA